CUUCACCUACUUCUUUCUUUCCCUCCCUCCUACUCCUACCCAUCAUAUAUUAAAGAAGCGGUCGUCUUUCUAUUCUCUCUUAUUACAUACAAAUAACAAUACAACCUUAACUAUAUAUUCUUUCAACCAUUUUCAAACCAAUAAUAAUAAUAAUAAUCAUCCCAAAACACAAAAUAAAAAUAAAAAUUAAAUUACAAAAAAAAAAAAAAAAAAGGCGUUGAAUUCAUGAUUGCAGGGGAAGCUAAUAAACCAGUUAAGAAGAAGCACCCACCAAGCGUGUGACAUACCCCCUUAACCCCUUCCUUCUUCUCUUAGCUAUCUUCUCUUCUCAGGCAUUUUCUGUGUUUUCUUCAAUCAACAACUAUAUUUUACCCAUCUUUUAAUUCAUUACCAAUUACUUAAUUUUACACUACAAUUAAUUCAAUUAUUACAAUUUACAAACAUUACCAGAUUAUUCUGUUUUCGUUAAGUUAUGCGACCCUCGUCUGUAGGUAGUGGCAGUUCACGUCGAUCAAAUUACAGCCGUAGCUUCCACCUUCCUGAUGAAGAAUCCGGCUUCGAUUACGCUUCCUCCGCCGCUGUCGGAGGUACAAUGCUGCCGAUCUUUCUUAAUGACCUCAUCCGACCAUCGUCCUCGUCUUCUAAUGAGGAUCUGGUCGAAGUCGAAUUACAAUUGGAAGACGAUAAUAUUUAUAUUUGUAGUGUAACUCCUAGAGCCAUGACUCCGAGAAGUGCACGAGCCGAUCACGACGCAGCUUCAUCCUCCGCCUCUGUAUCUUUCGGCGGCGGGGGCGGUGGCGGUGGAGGUAACGGUGGUGGUAGUGGUGGUUUACUAUCGCGGAGUUUGUCGGCAGCGUCGAAGUUGAGGAAGAAGUUAGGGUGGCCAUCUUCAAGAGCGUCAUCGGAGGCCGGUGAUCAACUUCCGACAACGGCGAUUAUGACGGAGAGAGAAAAGAGGAAGAUGAAAGCGCAGCUACAAAGGACGACGUCGGGAGCGCAGAGAGCGUUGACGGGGUUGAGGUUUAUUAGUAGGACAGCAUGUAGGACUGCUGGAGAAGACGGUGCCGAGGAGAUGUGGAAACAAGUGGAGGCCCGCUUUGAUGAGGUUGCUCAGAAUGGUUUGCUUGCUCGGGAACAUUUUGGGCAUUGUAUUGGUAUGGUAGAUUCGAAGGAAUUUGCAGUGGGAAUAUUUGAUGCAUUAGCAAGGAGAAAGAGACAAAGGUUGAGUAAGAUAAGUAAAGAUGAGUUGCGCGAUUUUUGGUUGCAACUCACUAAUCAAAGUUUUGAUGCUCGCCUUCAAAUUUUCUUUGACAUUGCCGAUAGCAAUGAAGAUGGAAGAAUAACAAGAGACGAAGUCCAAGAGCUUAUUAUGCUUAGUGCUUCAGCGAAUAAGUUAUCAUCAUUGAAGGAUAGGGCGCAUGAAUAUGCAAACUUGAUCAUGGAAGAGUUAGAUCCUGAAAACCUUGGGUACAUUGAGUUAUGGCAAUUAGAAGCAUUGCUGCUACAAAGAGAUGUAUACAUGGAAUACAGCAGGCCACUGAGCACAGUAAGUGCAGGGUGGAGUCAAAAUUUGAGCAAUUUUAGGCCAGUAAGCAUUGUCAGAAAAGUUAGUUGCACAUUGAGGUGCCUCAUUUUAGAAAAUUGGCAAAGAGGCUGGAUUUUGUUGCUGUGGUUUAUGAUCAUGCUUUCCCUUUUCGUCUGGAAAUUCGUUCAGUACAGAAGAAAAGCCGCGUUUCAGGUCAUGGGUUACUGCUUAUGCACAGCCAAAGGUGCCGCGGAAACCCUAAAACUUAACAUGGCUUUGAUCCUCCUUCCGGUUUCAAGGAAUACUCUUACUUGGCUUCGAUCCACUCGAGCUAGAUGCUUCAUCCCUUUUGACGAUAACCUCAACUUUCAUAAGAUGAUUGCAUUCGCAAUAGCAUUGGGAGUACUCCUUCACGCAGGGCUUCAUCUAACAUGUGAUUUUCCUCGUUUGAUAAACUCCUCACCCAAAACAUUUGCACUUAUAGCCUCCGAUUUCAAUUACAAGAAACCAACAUACUGGGAUCUAGUGAAAGGAAUUGAAGGACUUACUGGUAUCGGCAUGGUAGUUUUGAUGGCAAUCGCAUUCACAUUAGCAACAAGCCAGUUUAGGCGGAAUGUUGUAAAGCUACCAACACCAUUCAACCGGUUAGCAGGAUACAACGCGUUCUGGUAUUCACACCAUUUGCUUGCUAUAGUCUAUGUCUUGCUUGUGGUUCAUGGGUUCUUCUUGUUCCUAGUAAAAAGUUGGACCAGAAAAACAACAUGGAUGUACAUAUGCGUUCCGCUACUGCUUUAUAUAGCAGAGCGAAGCCUGCGGACUUGCAGAUCAGAGAUUCGCCCAGUUAAAAUCUUAAAGGUUUCGGAGCUACCAGGAAAAGUGUUCCAUCUAGUAAUGACUAAACCUCAAGGAUUUAAGUACAAGAGCGGACAGUACCUAUUUUUACAGUGCCCUGCUAUCUCAAAAUUCGAAUGGCACCCGUUUUCCAUUACCUCAGCACCAGGAGACAACUUCCUUAGCGUUCACAUCAGGAUCGUUGGGGACUGGACGCAAGAGCUAAAACGUGUCUUCACCGAGGGUAAAAAGCCAGUUUCUUCAAUCGGUAGACUUAAAUUUCGAGAAGAGGGAAGCAUCCGUCAAAGAGGGUUACCUAGACUACAUGUUGAUGGACCUUACGGCGCUCCAGCACAGGAAUAUCAGAAUUACGACGUUUUGCUCCUUGUCGGUCUAGGAAUAGGAGCAACACCCUUUAUCAGCAUCCUCAAAGAUCUUCUAAACAAUGCGAGAGCAGCAACAGACUCAAACACUGACUUGAGUAUAUCAAAUGACAGUUUAAGCAGCUUUGCAUCAUCUAGUACUGCACAAAGCAUAAGCAGAAGACCGAUGAGAGUUAAAAGUGCGCAUUUUUACUGGGUUACGAGAGAACCAGGUUCCUUCGAGUGGUUCAAAGGGGUAAUGGAUGAAGUAGCAGAAAUGGAUCACAAGGGACUGAUUGAUAUGCAUAACUACCUCACUAGCGUGUACGAAGAGGGAGAUGCAAGAUCGACCCUUCUAACCUUAGUCCAAGCUCUGACUCAUGCCAAGUAUGGUGUCGAUAUAUUAUCUGGUACCAGGGUAAAGACACACUUUGCAAGACCUGAUUGGAAAGAAGUAUUUGCUAAAAUAUCAAAGAAACAUCCAUACAGCACAAUAGGGGUUUUCUACUGUGGAAGGCCAGUGUUAGCAAAAGAGUUAAAGAAAUUAUCACAUGAAAUGAGUCAUAAGACAUCAACACGGUUCGAAUUCCACAAAGAACAAUUUUAGUAUAGAGAAAAUACAUAGCCUCAACCUCGCCCUCCCUCGCUCUCUGUCCCAAAAAACGACAAGUCAAUAAGUCAAACCAGCAAAAAUAACCAUUUCCACCUUUUGCUCAAAGUGUAAGUACUCCCACAAUCUCUCAUCAACAAAGAAAGCAUUGCCACAUUCUUAUUGAGAAAAACCUCAGUCCAUACGAAUCCAUUGUAAUUGCCUUAUCAAGUUUGUAUAUGAAAAUAUAAUUGUUAUAUAAUAUACAGGGAUAUUUGGCAAAAUAGUUUAUUGAGCAAUUUUAACUUA